GUGGCAAAACAUUUAACGUCACGACAAAAAGUCGUAUACAAAACAAAACGUUAACUCCGCUUUUUUUUAAAGAAAAAAUAAUGUACAAUUAAGAUAUGAACAAAAACGGCAACGCAAGUCCUUAUAUUCGGGUGGUUGUGCUCAAGAAUGGACCAAAUGCCGACGUAAAGGAAAAUGGAGUUCAAGUGGUUCAAACACAGGCUGGUAAAGAUCAAGAAAGCAACCUGGUUGUGCUAAAGCAAAAAACUUCAACUAGUAGAAGUAUGGCUGUAAGUAAAGAUAAUACAUCAUGUAACAGUGUAAGCUCGCAAACACGUGGAGACAUUAACAUUCUAAAGUGUAUAGAUCUUCCCGAAGUCGGAGAAGCAAAGUUUAAUCAAGAAAUGGCUAACGGUGAUACUGCAGAAAAUAAUCCGGGCAAUGUUGCUUUGGUAUCGAAUAAGUGUGAAACUGAAUGCACGGAAAAUAAAGCGGUUAUUGAUAAAACACCACAACGGAUUGAUUCGAGAUACUUUCGUGACGAUUCUUUCGUUUGCAAGAAAGAAGCAUCUCCUUUAGAAAAUUGCGCAGUUUCCGCUUAUAUCUGUGAAGCAAAUGUAAGAAAAGAACAUUACUUAAAUGAUGAUAAAACACACAUAGAAAAACGAGUGGAGAUUGGUCAAAGCUUGAACGAAGUGCCCGAUAUCGCUCGACUAUUGCAACUUACUGCAACCUCUAUUGCAGCGACUAAAUUCACAACAGGAUAUUCUGAUGAUUUAAAAGACGAGACUUAUUAUAAUCAGGCCUUGUUAACUAAAGAGGAAAAUGGAAACACCAAGGCGGGGAUUAGACCAUAUGAAAAUGGCCCAAAGGUAUUUUCUUGUCUAGGAUCCAGACCAGUUUAUCCGCAUAAAGACAUGCUCGAGCAAAUGAAGAAGACCAUCUCCGAAUCGUUUCUACGACAGGUGAUGCAACAGAAGAAAGAUGCAGAGGAGCAGAAAAUGGCACAAUUGCUACCAGGUACCGACGUUGAGUACCGGACUCCUGGUGCCAAUUUCCGGAACAAGAACGGUCGCGUGAAGCGGCCGAUGAACGCAUUCAUGGUUUGGGCACGUGAGUACCGCGGGCGUCUGGCGGCGGCGAUGCCUCGGGCGACCAACUCCGAGAUCAGCAUCACGCUGGGACGCGUCUGGGCGUCAAUGCCGCCGCACGAGAAACAAGCGUACUAUGACAUCGCAGAGAAGAUUAAGCGCAAACACAGGCAAGACUUUCCCAACUGGGUAUACAAACCUUCUUUCCAAAGACGCGAAGAAGUACCGAUGCCGCGCCCAGAGAACCCAUGGGCCCGCGUUAUAGUUGAUCCUUCGGGAAGCAACAAAACCAUAACCGUGACGUCACAAGGAGCCCCAGCAACCCUAGAAACCACAACCAGCGUGCCAAAUACGUUCAUACCAUCUGACAACACGAAGCAAGUUUUAGUCGGGAAAAGCGGACCGCAAAUCGGCAGCCACCAGCAAGGAACGUUGGACACUAUUGCGAAACCAGUUGCACAAGUAGAACGCAUCCCUGUCAUUCUCCAACGAGUCACAUUGAAAACGAACGCCGAAAGUAGCACAAGCACUUCGUACGUAUCCAGCUACACCAAAGGGUUGCUGGCCAAUAAAAUCGCUAUUAGCAACCAUAGUGCUACCCAGCCGUCGACAGUAGGUAUUACUGCGCAUGCCCGUGUUUCAGCUGCAAUUUCAUCUCGACCGGAAAUAGCGGUCGUUCCGCAGCGACAGGACGUGUAUCUGACGCCCAGUCUUCAGAAAAACCUUGCUAUGAUGUCAUUAAUGACGUCAUCUAUUAGAACGACGCAUGCGCAGACGCUUCCCGCUCAAAUAAAGCUCGGGGACCAACAACUGCACUUAUUGAAUAAAGGUGCGAGACCGGGACCUUUAACAACGGGUGGAACACCCUAUAGACAUCUACAGUCCGUGCAACAGCAAAUCAUCCCUGGGCCCAUAAUACCCAUUUACCAGUCACACAUCAGUCCGGUGGUUAAGGCACUGGCCUUUCCCCCGACGGCGUUGAAAUCCGCUGACGUUAAACCGGGCCUGUACGGAAACGCAAAACCAGCCGUGAAGUCAUCAGUAGAAGUAAACGCCGAUUUAAAAAGCACACGAUCGGAUGAAACUGUUCUGAAGAAUACAGAAGAUAAUCAUUUAGAUAGUCUGAUUCGAGAGGCACGCGCCUGUUUAAAUGAGACGUAUAAUUCCGGUGAGCGGAACGUUUCGCCUCGUGCUAACGUGCCUCAUAAAUGCUUCAAAGUUCAGACCAAAUUUUCGUCAGAAGAAAGUGGUCAGAUACCGGAAGUUGAUGAUGUUGAAAGCUGCUGGCCGUUUCCUUUCUCAGAAAAUCCAGACGACUGGGCAUUGACAACACGCGCGCACGAGGAUAUCUACCUGGAGAUGAGGGACCCAUACGACCCCUUCCUUGUCGACGACGACGACGACUUUGCCGACAGGUUUCCAGGCGGUCUGCACCUCGACGUGGACAGCUGGAACAGGUACCUGGAAAACGACGAGGAAGAAGGAGAUUUUCUUGCGAUGCUUCAGACUUCAAAGAAGGCACCUGACAUAUCAAUAAGUCCCCUGCCGUUGAAGGAGACGCUGCGUCGAUUCCUGAACGCUGUGGUAGAAUCGAGCGACUCCUGUGACGUAAUAACGGGCGACUUGAUUCUCGAAGUUGUGACGUAGGUGUCACAGAAAUUGUGGACUUGACUGUGUGGCAGUACAAAAUUUGCUCGAGUUAUAAUAUAUAUAUAUAUAUAUAUAUAUAUAUAUAUAUAUAUAUAUAUAUAUAUAUAUAUAUAUAUAUAUAUAUAUAUAAAUAUAUAUAUAUAUAUAUAUAUAUAUAUAUAUAGACCUUUCCAAUGGUUACCGAUCCGAUAAAAAGAUAUACGAGUUAGUGGUCGGUUGAUAUGGUACUUAAUUUAGCAUUACGCACAAUUAAUAUCAAUAAAACUGAACUGAAGUCAUUAAGCAUAAACAUUUUAUGGUUUUAGGGAAAACGUUUUUUUGGCCAACUUAAAAAAGUUACGGAUUCGUUUGUAACCUCAAACAUAAUUAGACGAUAAGGUUACAUUUGUAUAUAUGUAUACUGUAAAACCGUGAUAGAUGAGAAAAUGCCUAAAUAAGCUAACACCUUUUGGCCACGGUUUAAGUCUUGGGUUGGUAACGUGAGUUGGAAGAAGCGGCUUCAAUACCUUAUUGAUAUAGAUUUUGCUAUUUACCUAAAUUCCGUUGUUGAUACAGCGAAUUUCGGGUGUUUUUCCUCUAUAAAAGACACAAGCUCAGGCCAUUAACCCAUUCAUGCCUAGCGUCUAGAAAAAAAGGCCAUUGAAAACAGCGUAGACCCAGAUGAGACACCGCAUCAUGCGGCGUCUCAUCAGGGUCUGCGCUGUUAGCUUAAAGGAAUUUCUGUAAGAAAUACCGGUAUUUCUAAAUAUAGAAAUAAAUAUACUAGAAAUCCCUAAUAAGCACAUAAUCUCAAUUAGACUUCUUAUACAGUACCUUGCAUAUAUAUUGUUCUAUGCAUAUAUUUGCUGUAGGCCUACUGUACAAUUGCUGAAUAUUUGCCUUUUUGUCCGCUUCGGCAAAAUGUGCUCAUUGUGAUCUAUUGGGAUACCCGCGAUGCCCGUGAUCCGUCAACUUUUUCUUCAAACGACAUUUGCUUAGUCGGUAAGAUUUCCACGAAAUUUCAGAGCAAUGAACCUUGCAUGACCCUUUGUCUAAGUAGCUCAAGUCGUUUCGGUAUAAUGGUCAUCAGGGAUUGAAUAUUUUAGAAAUCUUAGAAUGUUUAAAACCGUAAAACCCAGAGGUUAAAUAUUUGGCCCGUAACAUUUAAAGUGGUCUUCAACAAAGUUCAAUCGAAUCAUGGUUAGCACGUGGGGUAUAUUUGGUUGCAUCUCUUUGCACGUUGAAGUGGUGAAAUGCGUAUUAUUCUAAAUUCAUUUAAAUUUCAUCAUUUUAGGUAGUUUAUUACACAGUUAUCAUGGUACUAAAAUCAGUUUUAAAUUACAUGACACACGUCGAAGUUACUGUCUGGACAGGCUGUUUUAUAGCCAAAUUUAACCAUUGAGUCAAAGCUAGAUUCGAGGUGCAGUUAAGCGCAAGAUAAGGUACAUGCAUAUUUGGAUUUUGUAAAAUCCAGGACAGUUUACAGAUGUCCGGGACUGCGGGAAACGUUCUUUAUUUCCGGGACAAUCCGGGACGUAUGGCAUGUAUGCCAUCGUGUGACCUUGACCUUAAAGGGAGACCGUUGUUGCAAUUGACACACAGUAAAAGCAUGGUGUUUAUUUUCAGUAAAAUAAUUUUAAAAUUUCGCGAUUACUAAUACAAGCAAAUUCGUUGAAUUGAUAUUCCCCGCCAAUAAGCUUCUGGACACAAAAGUGUUAUAUUUGACACUCAAAAAAGCAUUUUUUUCAAGAUACAAAGGGUCAUAACUCCGUUAUUAACAGAUGGUGUACAAUGCCAUUUGGCGUGCAUCAUCCUCUUAUCCAUAUAUAUAUACUCAUACCAAGUUUCAAUGAAAUCCUACAAAGCACUUCCAAGAUAUGGCUCUGGACACAAAAGUGCCGGACGGACGGAUGGACGGUCAACGCCAAAACAAUAUCCCUCCGCCUAUGGCGGGGGAUAACAAGCAAAUUGGCGGGGGACAAUUAUAGUCAGGACAAGCUGUUUGAUCACUUUCAUGACAAAAUUUAACCGGAAUUUGAUCUUGACCAUUUUGACAGGGAGACAGAUGUUAAACGGGAGACCCUCCUCAUGAUAGUCAUUGGUUUCAAGUUAUAAAAAAACUGCAUAAUAAAUGACAAAGUUACCAUCCACAAAAGAUCUGCGACCACUAAAUUUGUCCCUGAUCUUUGAGGUUGGAAGACAGACAUUACAAGAUGCAUGGGGUCUUCUUAUGGUGGACAGUUUUGAGGAAUUUAUUUCAAAAUUGCAUGAUAAAUGUUUAAGUUAAAGCCCAGACCAACCGGUUUAUUUCCAAAUUUUAACCUUUGAUCUACAAGUGUGACUUUACCCUUGGAGAUAGGUGUUACGUGUUACACAGCAUUUCACGAUGGUGAACAUUUAAGUACCGGUAUUUUUUUUAAUGACUUGUGUUUGACAGAGUUACAGUCAAGGGGACGGUUUCAACAAACAUCGUACGAACAAUUUAGACUACGAUACAUAUUUUAAAGAAACAUUAUUGUAAAACACCAAGGCAUAUUAUUACUUAUUUCCAGUAAAUGUAUUCAUUUCAUCAAUGUCUUACCGUCAGAAUAUGUUUUGCGUGGAUAUUUAUCAACAUCUUGUAUAUUUUAUUUUAAAAUUUUAGUCGUAAAUUAAGAUUGUCGUACGAUCUUUGAUGAAACGACCUCCUGACAAGCUCGGACAGAACACGUACGCAAAUACACUCUGCCAAUGUGACUGCUUUGUCAAGCAUUUUGUAUGUUCAAAAUCAUAAUUAACAUGUUCAAAAACAAAAACAACAGCUUUUAACCUGAUUUUAUUCAAAAUAGGUAUACAAUUGGUUUGUAAACUUAAAAAAGGAUCAUCUGACGAAACAUUUCCAAAAAGGGAAAUCUAUGACAUUAUAAUAUAUUAAUUGUUGAUGGAAAAAGCUAACUGAAAUUGAAAGCUGCAAUUUUAUCUUGAUUGCAGAGUAAAGUAUUGCAAUACAAAAAACAAAAAUACAUAAAAUGUCCAAGAGCAAAACAAAACAUUUCAAAACAAAAUAAACACAAUAUGUCAAGAUUAUUUCUAAUCAAAGGCUAGAUAAAUGCCAACAAUAUGACUUUGAAGAUCUCUCAAACAAUCAUCUGAAUGCAAUUUGAACAGGUCCCCAAUAUAAAACACAUUAUCAAACUUAAUAUCACCUCAUAAUAUUGACCAAAGACAAUGCUUAAAAUGUUUAUGCUUUGAUCCCUAAAAUUUUAAAAUGUGUCUUUCAAAUAUUGACAGAUAUUAAGCUAAGGAAUGAAGGUAGCCGUGGACCCUUCAAAUGUCACCUCUCGUAUUCAAUGCAGCAAAGAGUGCCUACAACUAUACUGUA